UCCCGCCUCCCCCAACGGUGCCGUUUCCUGCACUGCGGUUUCCCUUGCGCACCGCAAGCAAAGAGCGGCCCUCACUCAAGCUUGUCACCGACUUCGACACCGACGAGCCCCUGAAAAUGCGGUUUCAGGCACCCCAGCUGGGAGCGAUGGGAGUUACCUUCGGGGUGACUCGGGCCUCCCAGUUUGCCUCGCUGAUCGCCGUCAUCGGCCUGACGGCCAAUUUCAUAAGCGGCAUUGCUACUACGGAGCACGAUGCACCUCCUGAACUCAUCGGGACUCUGACAGUGUCAGUCACAUCCGUCGUCUACGUUGUCAUCACAUACAUCCUUUACUACGACAACAUGCUCCCGCUGCUGUUCAGCGGCAUCCUCGACGGGCUCCUCCUCAUUGCCUCUAUUGUGGUGGCUUCCUUGGUCGGCAAACCCCUGCCCCCGCUGGACUGCGGGGCCCUCCCCUCCCUGUCCGACACCCCAUCAACCACCUUGUUCUCCUCCUCCGCCCAUCCCAUCCGGGCGUCCGUCAUCACCAAGACCCUGUCGUACUCGACCUUCGUCGCCCUCGACCAGCCAACCUGCUACGAGAUCAAGGCCGUCUGGGGCCUAAGCAUUGCCCUGUGCGUGCUCUUCGCCUUCUCCGCGCUCGUCUGCGUCGGCCUGUGGCACCGCCUCCGCCGCGAGAGUGGCGGCAGCACCGCUCCGAAGGACAUCGAGGGUUAGGGACGCGCGGGCGCCUUUGGGGACGGCAUCGCCCUGCCCAAACAGCAGCAGUGGAGCAGGAAUGCCGCCGGCGGCACCGCUGCAGCGGGCCCUUCCUUCCCGCCUCCCCCGCAGGCGCCCAUCGGCGACCGCGCCCGUGGCCGCGAUCCAGGCGCACCCCGCGCAGCCGUAGCCGC